CUUUGUCUUAACUGUUAAAACGCAAUCAGCAAGCUUCCAGCAACCAUUUUUAUGCAUUCAAAUGAAAAAUUAGGAGCAUGCUAAGGAAACUCUUGAUAAGGAGGAUUAUACCCUUCUUGGUACGAUCUUGGAAGCUGCCUGGAUUUAAGGCCAGUAACUACCGAGUGAAUUAGUCCCCAGGUAAAAACACCCCAGGUAAAGAGCAGGUGACAAUAUUAGCUUGUCUGGAAGAGUAAUUUAAGCUGCCUGCUUGUUAAGCCAGGCUUGUAAUUUAGAGGAGGCCGACCUACAGGCCUGGGAAGCGUGUGGUCCGGUGCUCAAGCACGCGCCGGUAAUGCUGCCUUCCCAGUUUUUGUGCUUCUGCGCACGCGCCUUGGCGCCAACUUCGCCACUAGGAGGCGCCGGGCCCUCUUCGGGCCGGCCUUGGGGCGGUGCGUGUGGGUGUGACGUCACUGCGCGCGCCGCAUCUUGUUUCCGGGCAGCGAUGGCGGCUACCCUGGAGUCCUCGGUGGAGGACCCACUGCGGAACUUCGUUCGAGUUUUGGAAAAGCGAGAUGGCACGGUGUUACGACUGCAGCAGUAUGGCUCCGGCGGCGUGGGCUGCGUUGUUUGGGAUGCUGCCAUUGUCCUUUCUAAGUACUUGGAAACGCCCGGGUUUUCCGGCGAUGGGGCCCACGCUCUGAGCCGGCGAUCGGUGCUGGAGCUGGGCUCCGGCACUGGGGCCGUGGGGCUCAUGGCUGCUACCCUUGGGGCUGAUGUUGUGGUCACAGAUCUUGAGGAAUUGCAAGACUUGCUGAAGAUGAAUAUUAAUAUGAACAAGCAUCUUGUCACUGGUUCUGUUCAAGCCAAGGUACUGAAAUGGGGGGAAGAAAUAGAAGACUUGACUUCUCCGCCAGACUACAUACUGAUGGCUGACUGCAUAUACUACGAAGAGUCUUUGGAGCCAUUGUUGAAAACUCUAAAAGAUCUUAGUGGAUUUGAGACUUGUAUUAUAUGUUGUUACGAACAACGAACAAUGGGAAAAAAUCCAGAAAUUGAGAAAAAAUAUUUUGAGCUCCUCCAGCUAGACUUUGACUUUGAAAAAAUUCCUUUGGAGAAACAUGAUGAAGAAUAUCGAAGCGAGGAUAUUCAUAUCUUAUACAUCAGAAAGAAGAAAUCGCAUCUGAAACAGAGGGAUCCACUUUCACGAGGAAUGUCACCUGUGGCCCCCACUGACACCCUUGGCUCGCUGAUUUGAUCGGAGGAUGUGAAGGAAGCCCACCCUUGCCCAUCAGGCUGCCCAUAUCUGCUUUUCUGCUGACUUGUCGCCACUAAAGAUUCCUCCCCAGCUUUUCCUUCUCUCCUCUGUCUGCAAGAAAAUGGGCCUGCUGCUCUUGGAAGCUGGGCUCUCGGAGCCCUUUAGCAGAGGGGUGAGUGAAAGUAAACUUUCCCCGUUCCCCAGCGAAGCAGGAGUGGACUCCCUCGGUGUUUCCACAGAGAAAACACUGACCCAAGGAAAUGCAUGACGAGUGGAGACGAAUGACGUCACAGAGAUGUCAGGGAAAGCACCGAACACUCUCAGCACCGCUCACUCCAUGGCCCUCUCCCACCACCUCCUCCAGCCCUCCCAGGACACCUCGGCCUCACAACUAAGGCAGCAUGUGCCGCUAAAGCGGCUCCCUGAAAAAAAGCAACAAAACCCUCAUUUGUAGUAUCUGCCAAUUUCCACAGUGUAAACACUCCCACCAUGGCCAAUUCAAGUUACCAAUGGUUUACUGCAGGCUCACAACAUUUUUGAUCUUGCAAACCAGGAGGGGACGACUCCCGCACCCCAUCAUCAGUCCUACCCCAGAAAAUCCCCGAAUCACACCAAGGGUGAAUAUGACUUUCAGCUUCUCAGUCAGAAGGAGAAGUGGUUGAAGUAUGAUUGGAUUGUUAUGACUAAUAUCGCAGGGCUGCAUGUGGAAGGACAGGAUGCAGGGGGUGAUGUUUUGUUUGGCAAAUUGGAGAUGAGUCUUCAUUUCUCAAUCUUGGUCUCAUCUCUCCCUGGGCUGGGGAAUGGGAGGGAGCCCUGUCCACAGAGCUUCUCACCGGCAUCACCCGAGGCUCUCUCCCAGGGCUCCCACAGAAGUGCUCUCUCUUUUAAAACCCCAUGAUCCUAAGCCAGAACACAGAAUUCUCCUUCUUUAAUUGGAUAAGUUUAAAAUGGAGGGUUUGGGAGCCAUUCUGGAUUCUGGGUUCUGCCUUUUGGUUUGGGUGGUGCUGAAAUGAACUCCUUCUUUAAAAGCUGGCUUCAGGAAGAUUCUGUAUCCAAGACCUAAAAGCCUGGACUGAUCUUUUCUGCAUUUUUAGGGAGUGUUGAGAAUGACCAGGAGGUGGGGCAGGUAGUUCCCAUAAAGCUGAGUGUGACCGAAUUUGCCCGUAGCCUGUGACACCAGAGAUAACACAGCCCUUCCUUCCCCUUUAGGGCCUGGGGAUGCCAUUGGACUGAGUGUAGGAUGGUGACCUACUUUUCUUCCCAAAACAUGGGGCGGCCAGCUGCAUUUUCUGAACUAAAAUCACCCACACUGCUCUAGUCUCUGUUCCCCUGCCCUCCUGGGCGUGCUUCUGGCUGGAGCUGGUUUUGUAAAGUGGGGUUUAUCAUGGGAAUCCUCCUCAAAGAGGCUGGUCAGACACCCCCAACCCACAUCCCUCCCAGACAUCAGUGUGGGUACUCAGGCCACCCAAAUCCUGGAAGGUGUACAGCACAGGAGAAUCUGGGUUGGCCCUGUCUCAGCCAGGCUGAGUCAGUUAAAGAAAAGGCUCAUUGGAAAUGGCCUUGAAUCUGGGGCUUCUCUAGUAUUCUAAUCACUCAAAGUCAGUCAGCUAAUGAAUAUUUAUUGAAGGUCUAUGAAGGGGUUCAGAACAAGCCACCCCCAAAUACACCACUUUUAGUGAUUAUUUUGAGCUGAAGUCACUUGAGAAACAGCAGAUCGGGGAAGGGUUCGCUUUUUUACCUAAAAGCAGAUCAUAAAAUUUCCCCCGAGAAAGGUGCCCUCCACCUGUCUCUCACCAGAGACUGGAAGAAGAUGCCAAAAAGGCCCUGUGCAAACAAACCUAAGAUAACACCUAUCUUUAACUAGUUUCCCCCCAUAUAUUUCCUAGUCAUUGGCCCACAAUUUACUGCCCCUAGUCCAAGCCUCUUUAUCUUCUCCCCACAGUGAAUUUGGGCUUAACAGCUUUUUCAGGCCCUCAUUUUCCUUCUAAAAACUCCUGUGUACAUGUAAAAAUAUGAAAUAAAAUGUGUAUGCUUUUCUCCUGUUAAUCUGUCUUACUAUGUCAGUUUAAUUCUUAGGUCCAGCGACAGAACCUAAAAGGGUAGAGGCAAGUUUUUCCUCUCCUACAUCAACUAUGGAGAUAAUGGUGAGCAAGGCAGAGUAAGAGGCUUACCGUCCAGUUUACAAGGAAAGCAGUCCUUACACAAAUAACUUGAGAUAAUUCAAUAAUGAUGUGGGUGCCAAGAGCUUUGAAGGAGAAGCACGAGGUGCAACGAGAGCGUAAGACAGGGGAGGCUAUUCAGGCUCAGGGACCCAGAAGGUUCCUGGGGGAAUGGAGGCUGAAGCUGAGGCCUGAGGGAUGGUUCACAUCCAGUGGGAUAUGAGAUCCUCCAGGACAAAGAAUUUAUGCUUCAGAAACAUUCUCUUUUCGAGGGUAAACUUGGGAAUUUAGAUAGUAACUGUAUCCCCUUUAUAUAUAGUGUGGUGGUGGAGACCACUGUUUGCCCCUCAACAUUCUUUCUUCUUUUCCUAAUAACCAAUCCCCAGGUUUUGCUGGGUACAUAGCUAUCCAGAGAAGAUUACAUGGCCACUUGGCCAAUGAGAUGUAGGCAGAAGUAAUGUAUGGGGUCUCUAAGAAGCCUUUUUUCUGCUACCUGGUAUCUGGAUGUGAUGGCUGGUGGCCUAGCAACCAUCAGGAACCAUGAGGAGACAUGCUAAGGUUGGGGGAACAGUGUAUUAAGUGGAGCCUUGUUCCCUGAAGACCAUAAGACAGCCCUACCAGCCCUGGCUUGCCUAUCUCCAGGUUUCUUUGAUGUAAGGAAGAAAUAAAGUUCAAUUUUUAUAAAGCCUUUAUUAUUUUCAGAUUUUCUAUUACACAAAGCCAAAUACAAUCCCAACGGCAACACACAACUUCUUUUCAGCCUAAUGAAGAGAACAUUUAUUUGCACAACCACAAAUUACCUAGUUUAUAGAAAAGCCUGUAAUAAUAACAAAUCUCUUUUCCUGGCCCCCUUCAUCCCCUCCCUGGUCCCCUUGUCCUCCCCUCGCCCCUGUAACCCCUCUCUUUCCUAACUCCCACACCAGAGCUAGGCCUGACCUCAGUGUUUCCAGCUCCAUGAAUGACAAGCUCACAGCCCAAAGGUUCUUGAGCUCUAGCUACCUUCCCUUAGUGGCUGCCUGACAGGAGUCCUGUUGCAGAGAGUCACACAAAAUCUAGGGAGGGAGCCAGCCUUCCAGGCUCCCUCCCAUCCUUCUCAAAGGGGUUUAAAGAGUUAGGAUAAGUGGGCAAAGCUGAGAACGUGCACCAAUUUGGAAAAACCACAGAAAUUAUUAGAGGCGCUUGAGUGGAACCUCCCUACCCUGAGCUUUUCAAGCAGUGCGGGCUUUAAUCAAGCUGUUUCCCCAGCCUCUGGCUAACUGAGUCCAAGAAGUCAAGACUCAAAGGGAGAAGGUCAUUGUGACUGGUUAUAAAACUCAAGGCUGGUGGGGUGAGUGCAGACCUCGCAUGCUGGGUCAGAUGAGGUGAGACCUGAUGUAAGUUAAAUGGUGAAACACACACACACACACACACACAAGGUGAGACCUGAUGUAAGUUAAAUGGUGAAACACACACACACACACACACACACACACGUUGAAGUCCUAAACCCCACUCUCUCAGAAUGUGGCCUUAUUUGGAGAUAGGGUCUCUAUAGAGGGAAUCAAGUAAGAAAGAAGUCAUUAAGGUAAGUCCUAAAAGGGGAAAUUUGGAGACAGGCACACAGAGUGAACACCAAGUGAACGUGAAGGCAGAGACAGGGUGAUGUUUCUACAAGCCAAGGAUGCCAAAGAUCACCAGCAAAGCACAGAGGCUAGGGGAGGGGCAAGGCGGAGAUUAUCCCUCCCAGCCCUCAGCAGGAACCAACCCCGCCGACAACCCUUUAUCUGACUUGUAGCUUCCAGAACCAUAAGAUUAAAAAAUUGCUGUUGUUUAAGCCACCCAGUCUGUGGUACUUUGUUAGGACAGCCCAAGAAAAUGAAUACAAGGUCCCUUAAGUGCCAGCCAACAGAAGAGUUUGGGGACAGCCACUGGUCUCAGAUGAUUUCCCUGCUGCCUCAUGUCGGGAUACGAAGACCUUGAGAACAGCUGAAGUCUCUCUAGGUCAUUCCACUUAACAGAGAAACUCAGGUGGGCCUCUCUCUCCCUGCAGACAGCCAGUUGCAUACUGAGCGGGGCCAAAUCCUUCAGGAGAAGGGCCUUUUCUGCUCACCUGCUGGGAAUCGUGAGAAACAAGGACUGAUGUUUCCUGGAGAGGGCCGGCUGUGGGUCUGUCUCUCUCUCUUCUAUUGUCUACCCAUCUCUAUCAUCUGUUUUGCUUUUGUUUUUUUCCUUUUCUUGGCAGAAAAUGUCUAGGGGCGCCUG